AUGGGCUAUUACACAAUUGCCACCAUCAGCUUAAAAAAACCUGCCCGCUGGAUUGACCCAAAAGAAGAUGCAGAGAUCGUUUCUUCAACAUUUAAUCCUUCGUUUUAUAACAGCAAGUCCGGAUACUUCAUGUUUGCCGGUCUGGCUUGGUUCCUGAGCACAUCCAACCUGUUCUUCGCUGCCUGCUUAUCUGUUUAUUACUGUGUGAAAAUUGCAAACUUCAGCUGCUGUUUCUUCAUCACGCUGAAACGAAAAAUCUCCCAGUUCAUGCCAUGGUUGCUGCUGGUCUCAGUGAUGAUUUCCUUACUCAGCAGCCUCCCUACCUUCGUGGCCAUUUAUAACAUCUCAGAUAAUAGCUGCAACUCCAGCUGCUCACAAAACCACACAGGAGACAAUGUCACACAAGACAGAAUUCUUUUGGACACGAAUAUUGUCGUUUGCUUUGGCUUUUCUAUAGGUUUCACCAUAUUAUGCAUCUCAGCUGUUCUCUUACUCUUCUCACUCUGGAGACACAUUCGACAUGUGCAAGGGAGCUCAGCUGGUGCCGGGAAGCCUAGCAUGGAAGCACAUGUGAAAGCAGUGAAAAUGGUAAUGUGGCUCUUAUUCAUCAAUGUUAUUCACUUCCUAGUUUGGUUAAGCAGCAUUACAUUUGCAGUUUCAGCAACUAUUUUUGUGCAACAUUUUCUUCUUCAGGUUACAAUUUUUGGUCCAUUGAUCCAUGCUCUUGUACUGAUUCUCAGCAUUCCCAAAUUGAAACAGGCACUGGCCAGGAUCCUGCACUAUGUAAAGUGCAAGGGCUGUGCAAAAGAGGGAAUACCUUAA